AUGCGAUCCACCCCAACCCCAAUAGCACCCCCUCCGGCCUUCGUCAACCCUCCAGUCGAAGCAUCCAUUCCGGCCGAAGAAGCACUUUCAGAAGAAGCACCUGCAGUCGAAGACCAGGCCUUUCCGGAAUCUCCCCAAGCCUCUCAAAGCACACAGGCAUACGCGGACCGCUUGGUACUAGCAUUUGACUAUCUCGAGGAAGGCGAAGAACCAUCUCCAGUUGAAGAGGACUCCCAGGCCUCUGAAGACAACGAUUUCGAAGACUUUGACACGGUCGCUCUCCUAGCAGCGUACGAAGCACACAUACAGCAAAUCAAGGACCACCACGCCACCCUCGCUGCAACAAAAACAGUUGUACCGGAAAUUGCAAGCAGAGCUAGUAGAGCCGAUACUGUAACGGAGCCAUUUCAACUGUCUGGUGUAUGA